GUACUUUGCGGGCGCUCCCAAAUACCAGAACACUAAUAUUUACUCGGUGAAAAGCUGUCCCGUAGGGGAAUUGAGGGAAGUACGUGGACAUCUUUAUAACGAUGUUUUUAAGCAGCAAAAGAGUCCACAAGGGUCUACAGCAACUCAAUCAAGACGGUAUUGAUGAUAAGGACCGUGUUUUAGCCGGAGCAGAAUUUCCCACUCAAUAUGUUGGGUCGAUUGAGGUAUCUGGGUUUAGCGGAACGGGCAGCGGAAAAACUAAAACAGCCGUGGAAAAUGUCUUUCAGCGAAGCAAGCAAGGGAAAAAAGCCAAGCGUAUGAUUAUGACAGUUUCCUACCAGACAUUGUCAGUCAAAACCUAUGAAGGAAAGCUGGUAGCGAGUUUUCCUAUCUCUAAAGUGACAUUUUGUAACGUUGACUCGAAGUAUGAGAAGGCAUUCGUGUUUGUCGCUCGAGACGAUCCAGACAGCCCGUUCAAGGCGUAUGUUUUCAUGUGUGAGACGAAAGCCAAAGCUAUGGAAUUAUUCAAACUAGUUUCGCUAGCCUUUUCUGUGAAUUAUGAACUCUACCAAGCCUCGCUGGUUCGUCAAGCAAACCUAAAAGCCGACGCACGCCAUGGAAUAACGCCGUGCAACGGAAAAAUGCCACUUGAAAGCGAAAAUCGCAUGAGGUUUCAAAACCAUGACACCGCGGGAACCAUAGUGUUUGAUCAAAGCGCAUUCCAAAUUUCUUCUGACGAGGUUUCCCUUUCGGCUGUUCCUAAGCGCUUUACAGAAGACGUGACGCGCGCUAGAAGUCACACAGACCCACAGGCAUACCCUGAUUACAAUCAAAAUAGCAUCGCGUCGAAAAAUGAUGACGACUUCGAAGCAGAGUUUACACAAUUAGCUAAGUCGAGGUCAAAUACCGCGUCUAAUGUACACCAGGUGAGCUCCCAACCUUGGGGACUCCAAUUUGGAUGAGGUUUAUAUAUUCCGAACGACAUUCAGUAUGGAAGAAGCUACCCAGAGCUAUUCCAGAGCCUCAAGCGUAGGUAUCACAUCACUAAGAUUUGAAUCUCAGUAAAACUAAUGCACGUGCGAGAUUCUUUGAGAGACUAAGGAAGUAUGAUCUCGAAAAAGAGAGGAUCUACUUCGCUAAAAAAAAAUAAUGGUGCUGACAAUAAAGGUUAUGGAAAAAUGAUAAACGUACUUUCUGUUCAGCGUUUUGCUUGGGGUUACAGUAGAAUGGUGUCCCAGUGUUAUAAUAGUAAAACCAAUCACAAUACUGGAAAUCGACUAUAAAAAAUAUGAAAUAAAACAAAUUAAAAUCCUAAUUCCUUUACUUAA